CUUACACACUGUUGUUGAUUUUCUGCCUGCUUCCCUCUCUUCAUCUCAUCUCUCUCUCCCACUCUCUUUCUGUUGCUGGCCUCCCUCCUUUUCUAUUCCAUUCUAGUGUUCCUCUUUCUUUUUCCUCUUGUUCUCUUUCUCUAUCCAUGCUCUCUACACUCAGCAGUGCGACAUGAGGCAAGCUGUGGCUUUCUGUCUGUUUGGCCUGUCAGCUCUGCUGCACGUCUCUCAACAGGGCCCCCACCAGCGUAACCUACUGAGGGAGCUACUGAGGGACUAUAACCGUAUGGAGAGACCUGUGGCCAACGACUCUCUACCACUCACUGUCCGAUUCUCCUACACUCUUUUACAAGUCAUGGAUGUGGAUGAGAAAAACCAGAUCCUCACCACUAACGCCUGGCUUCAGAUGCAAUGGUAUGACCACUACCUCCAGUGGAACCAAUCAGAGUACCCGGGAGUCAAGUCCCUUCGCUUCACUACUGACCAGAUCUGGACACCAGACAUACUACUGUACAACAGUGCCCAUGAUAAGUUUGAUGCCACCUUCAAGAGUUCUGUGCUGGUUAACUCCAGUGGCUUCUGUGAGUACCUUCCUCCAGGUAUUUUCAGCAGUGUGUGUGAAGUGGACGUACGUUGGUUUCCCUUUGACAUCCAGCGCUGUGAACUGAAGUUUGGCUCUUGGACGUUUGACGGCUGGCUACUGGACCUCCAGAUGAAGGAGGCUGACCUGUCAGGAUACAUGUCUAAUGGAGAGUGGGAGCUGUUGGGUGUACCAGGCGAUCGUCAUGAUGUAUUUUAUGACGGUUUGUCAGAGCCAUACUCUGACGUGACCUAUGUGGUGACACUUCGGCGGAGAACUCUGUUCUACGCUCUCAACCUUCUCGUCCCUUGUGUUCUUAUCUCUUCUUUAACCUUACUGGUGUUUCUUCUACCAGCCCAGUCAGGAGAGAAGAUCGGCCUGGGAAUCACAGUUCUUCUCUCUCAGACUUUUUUCAUGUUGCUGGUGGCUGAGAUUAUGCCCCCUACCUCAGACUGCAUACCACUGAUAGGUCAGUAUUUUGUGAGUACCAUGAUUACCGUAGGGAUGUCUGUGGUAGCGACUGUAGUUGUUCUUCAGUACCAUCACCAUGACCCCAACAAUGGAAACAUGCCUCAAUGGGCACAGUUGGUUCUACUCCAGUGGGUUCCCUGGUUUCUGAGGAUGAAGCGUCCAGGAGAUUGGGAAGAGCUCACACCCCAGCACAGCCGCUCAAACCUCCAGUCCAAGGACUUCUCCUCAUCAGCUAAUGCCACUCACAUGACCGUCCACCAAAACCUUGCCUCUCUGCAGGCCUGUCUUAGCCAGCCCCUACCACACCAACCCACCCUUCAGUCUUUUCCCAACCAGAACCAGAACCCCCUACAUAGUAUCCACCAUAACCAAAAUAGAUUUCCCCAGCCCCUGGGGAAUAGAAUUCUAGACCCACAUCUAAACCCUAACCCUAAUCUCCCCACCACCUCCGACCCUCUGCCCAAUGGACACCUGCCUUAUGUGGGUUACCAGAGUCCUCCUGAACCAGAUCCUGGUGUCACCUGGAGAGAGGGAAGAGGGGGAGUAGAAGGAAGGGGUUCUGACUCCCCCAGUCUCCGCGACCACCCACCCUUGUCGACAUUAAGUCCCCCUCCACAACCCCCCACAUCUCUGGAUCCUGACUCCACAUCCUCAGGCUCCAGCGGUGUGGAAGCCAGGGCAGGGGGAGUGGGUACGGGCCAUGCCCAGGCCGGGCUGUUCCAGGGUGGGUUAGCGGAAGCUCAGCUCAGGUCUCUGCUGGAAGAGGUGCGGUUCCUGGCCGAGGGACUCCGUGAGCAGGACCACAGGGAGAGCAUGGCAGAGCAGUGGCAGUUUGCAGCAGUGGUCAUCGACCGUAUGUGUCUGGUGGGGUUCAGUGUGUUCAACAUCAUAUGUACUAUCGCCAUCCUCAUGGCCGCACCCAACUUUGCGGAGGCGGCCUCCAAGGACUUCUUCUGAUAAGGAAAGUGGGGGAGGAGGAGGGCAGCAGCAGUCCCUUUGCUGUCUUGAUUUGUCCGAUAUUAUGGAAACAUUUAGAGACCCUCCGGUCGCCUUUCUAUUUAACCAGUUUGAUAACACAUCAGUUGUGACAACCUGCAUAAAGCAAACUCAGUUUUAAUGUCAAAUCAUGUUGCUUUCUCUGCGCCUGUGUAUAAGAAACCCUCCUGUUAGUCUUCAAAAUUAAAUAGUGCACAUUCUC